AUGAAGAAUAGGAUCGAUCACUUGGAGGAUCUGGUCAAGAGGCUGAUUGUUGAGCGGAAGAAUGGAUUGUCUGAGAAUACGCCUCAUACACCGGAGAGCUUUAUACCUGACGAUAAUAAGGCUUUGCAAGGUGCGCAGUCGCAUGCUUCAGAAGUCGCAUGCGCUGGGACGACGAUGAUUGAUGGCACUCGCUCGGUGUACCGAGGGGGUGAUGAGUGGUAUGACGUUUUGGAAGAGAUAAACACACUCAAGCAAACAUGGACCGAAACUCAGGAUGAAAUCGCUAAUGAGGUCGUCCAGUCUGCUCCCUCGCAUAUUGCCGACGGCUCAAGCUUGCUUUUUGGUCAAGUCAAGCCACUGGAGCGAAUAGAAAUUGUAUCUACAUUACCACCAAAGCAUCAGGUCGAUAAGCUCAUAGCUCUAUUCUUUGACACAGAGAAAUUCCAAAUAUCUGUGCCCCCCAUCCUACACAUACCAACCUUCAUGCGCGAGUACAACGAGCAUUGGAAAGACCCGUCCCGCACAAACUUCAUAUGGCUGGGCCUCCUCUUCUCAAUCCUUGGCCUCACAAUGCUCUCCUUUCAUCAAUUCGGAGAACCGCCAGAGUACGAAGGCAUCUCGGAGUCACUCUUUCAGCUCUAUCGCAUCCGUACAGCGCAGUGCUUGCUUAAUGGCGACAUUGCUAAAUGCCUUCCUUACACUAUCGAGACCUUGAGGUUCAACGCAACAGCUGAGCUUAACAGAAAAGACGACAACCGUCGCGGACUAUGGAUUAUGACAGGAGUCAUUGUACGAGCUGCAAUAAACAUGGGCUACCAUCGUGACCCUUCUCACUCCCCGUCUAUCUCGCCGUUUCAGGCAGAAUAUCGACGUCGGGUCUGGAUGUCGGUCAUUAUCAUGGACGAUAUGGCCUCAUUCCUUGGCGGCUUUCCUCGAACGGGCUCGACACUAUUCUCGGAUACAAUGGAGCCACGAAACAUCCACGACUGGGAGUUAUCGGAAGGAACGACGUCCCUCCCGCCAUCGAGGCCUCUGGAAGAGCCUACCGCAACGACCUAUAUAAUAGUAAAGACCCGCCUCUUCCGUGCGAUCGGACGCAUUGCAGAUUUCAACAACACUCCAACGCUUGUCACCUACGACACUGUUCGCGAAAUUGACCAGGCGCUGUAUGAUGCAUAUGAGCAGUUUCCUUCACACCUAAAAGUCCACAUGGAGGGCAAUAUCAUCCCAUUAGGAAACGCAGCAGAAGUUUCCAGAUUCAGUCUCUGCUCAAUGUAUCACAGAGCUAUGUGUACUCUUCACAGGAAGUUCAUGGCUAAAGGGCGACUCGAUACCCGAUUCAAGCUAUCUCAUGAUCGAUGCUUAUCCUCCGCGAUGACUCUACUAGAUUACCAAGUGGCACUAGAGCCGUCGUGGUACAAGUCUUCAUUAACGAGACAAGUGUUGACUCUAGCUGCUAUGAUUCUCUUUCUGGAGUUGGAGCUCGCGCGGCGGUUUAACAACCCAGAUGCAUCCAGGAGCAUCGAUAUAUUGCAGAUAUUAGAAAGGUCUUGCGAUCUCUGGAGACGCGCGAAGGACUCCUACGAAGAAGCUGGGAGAGUGUACGAUAUUAUUGUGCGGAUGGUCGAAAGCUUCCGGCCCGAGUCUGCAACUACUUCAGCCCAUGCCUUGAAUCUCCAAGGCUUUAAUUCUCUAUUCACAGCCUUUGAUGGCGUCGAACAAUCGCUUGAGAAGGAGACCCUGGAUGUAGAUAUUGAUUGGACUACGUGGGAUGCCUUCAUCCAGGAUACCGAAUUGCAGGACGGGCCUAUCUAUUGA